GAUUACUGGGCAAUAUAUAAGACUAAUUUCCUAGUAAAUAUCGCAGUAUAUUUAUCGGCUAAUUUUAAUAACCUAGAACCUAAGCAGCGGGAUCUAUAUAACCUAAUUAUAGAUUAUUAUAUAUAUUACUUAAAUAGAGAUAACCCCGCGCAGCUGCUUAUAAACCUAGAUAAAAAGGCUAAGAUAGGCAAAUCCUAUAUUAUUAUGCUGAUUUUAUCUGUAUUAGUAAAUAUAGCUAAUAAGAGAUAG